AUGAUGAAGUGUGUUACGACCGUCUUGGAUGUUUCUCGACUGGUCCACCAUUCAGAGGUCCCCAGCGGCCCAUUUCGGUUGUCCCUCUGCCACCAGACGUUCUCAGAACGACCUACAUCCUGUACACACCAGAGUGGAGACCCCACCCCAAGAACCUGGACGCCAGGUACCCGGAGAACAUCCUUAACGUCUGGACCAGCUUUAAACCCAGGCCCACGAAAUUCAUCAUCCAUGGUUUCAUGGAAUCGGUCAGAACUGUGUCCUGGAUGCAA